AUGGAGGGGACAAUGAAAACACCGCCCGGCGAAGAGAUGCCCCAGAAGCGGGUGAGGUUCCGCGUGGCUUCGGGGAACAGUGGUCGGGUGCUGAAGGAGAUUUUUAAAGAUAAGGGGCCAUCUGACUCGUUAGAUUCAGAUUGUACCAGUAGUUCGGAUGCGGACCGGGCCAGUACGCCUUCCACAAGUGGAGAUACUAACAGACAUGGUUUUCUGCAUGGGUUUCUGGGCUCCGAGUUGGAUGAUAGCGAGAAUGAGUGGGAUGAUCUGCUCAUGUAUGCUGGGGCCUCAAAGGACAGAGCACCGAUUAGCCACAAGCGUGUCAACAUCCUCAGCAAAAAUGGGACUGUGAGGGGUGUCAAGCACAAAGUCAGUGCAGGUCAGGCCUUAUUUGAAAACCUCCCUAAUGCAUGUGGGGUAAGUGAUCUUUGUACCCUUUCAGUGUUUUCAUAGUUCUCAUAGUUUUUACAGCUGUUUGAAGCUGGUGGACCAAAACAACAUUUACUUUCGGUUUUGGUCCACUAGCUUCAAACAGCUGUAAAACCGAUAUUUUGAUGUUACAAUCAUUCCCUACACUAUUCAGUGCUUGUUUUCUCACAUAAACUGAAAUUGAGCGAACAGUGUAGUAUUUUAGCAACCAGGACAUUUAUGAUAUCCACUAGAUAACACAGCCACAAAGUCAGAACAGCUUUCCCAGUUUGACAAAAGAUGCCGCUCCAACAACAAAAGAGUGAUCAAAUUAAGAUCCUACAUCUGUAUGGACAACUAAAGCUCGAUUUGGUGGUAAUGGAAUGAGGCCUGUGAAAAGAGUAGAUGGAGAAUAGAUAGUGCUGACAGCCAGGCGUAGAGAGGUUACUCAGAGGUGUAGUCGAUACUCAACACUGCAGGAUUUGGUGUACUGUACACUAGUUAUUAUUAAGUAACUGGUUCCACAGCCAUUUUUAGUUUACUCAACUUUUCGUUCAAAGUGAUACCUGAACUUAACUCUUUUAGUUGACCCAAACUUAGCUCCAACUUGAGAAAGAUUUGCUAAAAUGUUGUCAACUUAAAAUGAUGUGUUUGCUCAACUUAUUUGGGCAUCUUAAUUAAAAAAGGCUGUGGAAUUAAUUACACACACAAUGUUUUUCAAUUUACAUAUUUGACAUACAUGAUUACAUUGUGCGUGUUCAUUCAUACAGUCCUUGUUUUUUGGCAUGUCCUCACCUGGGAUUUGAACUCCCAACCUCUUGGUUCACAGUAUUCCGAUCUUCCUGCUACGCCACCAUGUCUGUGUCAAUUACUGAUUGUACCUGUAUUGCUACACUUUGCACUUCAAAGUAAAUCUCAGCUCUGUUAAAAGUACACUCAAGAAAAUCUGUUUUAUUUAUCAUAGUGAUUAAGGAGUUAUAUUAAAACAGAGUAAUAUGCCCCAUCAACAUUAGACAACUAUACAGAAAACCCCUAAAAUUGCUGAUACUGGAGUGGUAGGGUUGGAUUAUAUUCGCGUCUACAUUAGGUUUUGAUUGGCCAAUGCAUGUUAAAGUGAGUUUUUCCCCUUCUUUUUUAUCUGUCAAUACUAGGGCUGUGGCGGUCUCGAAAUUUCAUCAGCCGGUGAUUGUCAAGCAAAUAACUGUGUCAAGCAAAUAACUGUCGGUCUCACGGUAAUUGACCGUUAAUGAACAUAAACACAUUUAGCAGCUCCUGGCUUCCACACAUAGCCUACAAGCCACUGAUGCAGACCAUUAGAACAUCUACAUUUAAAAAAGUAUAAUAAAUCCAUGUAAUAUAGCCUACACCUUUACAAUAAAUCCAUUAUUUAUUUUAGACAGGUCUAAAAAAAGCAUGAUAUGAAGAAAAUUGAGUCUAUUUCAGAAGAACAGAAUAGCAUACUCUGAGUUGUCCUUAUGUUAGGUCCUGAUCUGGCUAUGCCAAAUGGCUGUGGGCCACACUAGUUCAUUUAGCAGACAAGAUUUGCUUAGAAUUCUAUGGCAUUAUUUUAUAGUAUGAAGAAUACAAUUGAACAAAGCUGAAUAGAAAAUAUAUAUUCUCCAAAUAAUUUGAGGGAGUGCGCACAUUCUGUGUUGAGCGGUUAACAAAGAAAUAGGUACUCCUUAUACUUAAUUUACAGUUAUUAAUGUAACUUUAGUUGUUCUACGAACGUUGGGCUAUAUGUUUUGAUUUUUAAUACAUUGUAAGGCUGCAUGAUGCGACGCUAAUGAUGAUUUGAAAAAGUUGCUUGAAAGGCAUGAGCUCUGCUUUCAUUUUUGCGCAGGCUCUACACACUUCAUCGAUCUCUCUUUCACAAUUUUACAUGCACUUGAUAAUGCCUCGAAUUUCACGGGGGCAUCCCCUUUGUGUGGCCGUAAUGCAUCCUAAAAAAAUCCAUGCCUUUUGCGGCCAGUGGCCGUUGUGCCCUUGGCCUGGACUGCUGCGCUGUGCCCUUCUCCCUGAGUGCUGCACGCUCCGAAGCACCUCUCACUCACAUGGCUCUCCAUCAGUGAUCGGGUCUUUCUCACAGGCUACAAGUGAAGACAGACACAUCGGGGACGCAACUGCGUGUGUCCUUAUUCAAAUCCACGGUGCAUACUGAAGAUAUUGUAAUAACUGUCGACAUUUACUUUUCAUCAGCCAACAAGAUGAGUAGGCCUAACGAACAGCAAAAACACUAGCCUAUGUCAAUCUACUAUCCCCCAUAGUACAAAAGUUGACCUAUUCUAUUCUGUGCGAGAAAUAAAUAAUCCAAACAUAGUCUGGGACAGUUGUGGGAUGCGAUAGAUCCCAAAUUAAUACAACCACUAGCAUCAAAAAACCUGUGGCUGAUGCAACAGAUCAGAACGUUUAGCUUAAAAUGUUGAUAAACUAUUAGGCUAUUUCUUCACAUUAUAAGCGCAGCAAUGCGCACAUGGCAGUAGGCUAUAAGAGCGAAUGUUCCAUUAGCAGGAGAACACCAUUAUCAAAAGUGACAGCAAAUGCAAUUAUGCAUGUAAUGCUUUUAUUAUAAAGGUGCAUUUUUAUGGUGAAAAUUAUCUUCCCCAAACUUGAAACACACACUGCUUAUGUAUGCCAGUUAGGCUCUACACCCCUUGUAAAGCGGAUUAAUGUGCUUAAUUUUAAGAAGUUAUUUGGCCAGUUUAGUUGUGAUACAAACCAUCAGACUAUUCUUGAUUUAAUCUUGUCUUUACAUAUACUAAAUCAUAUAUGUGUGAUUUGUUUUGAUUUAGAAUGGACCAUUCUCAUGCACCUGUCUCGAAACAGGGGCAGCGGGAAAGAAAUGUCAUCUAUGCACUUAAAUAGCGAAUGGAGGACGCUUUUCCCGUGGUUCAUUUUCAUGCCAGCCAGGUAGGCCAUACUCCUGUUGUAAAGAUAAGCAAUGUGCAUAAUAUUAGGAAAGUUGAGAAAUAAAUAUAGUAGGCCUGACCUAUAGAAAGCUGAGAGAUCCUCCUCUUUUUGGUAGAGGCCAUCACUCUGUUUUCUCGCACAAUUGCAUAGCCUACAGAAAUGUUGUGCAACAUGAGCUCAUGGGCUCUCAUGAAGUGUUUGAUUAGAUAUCCGAUUACAUUUGCAUUGAUGUCAGAGUGAUUAGAAGGACAAUAGAGUGCUGAGUAGCAGCCAGUUAGCAAGUUUGGUAGGCUACUAAUGACCAUCAGCAGCAUCAGAGCUUGGAGAAUCCUAAUUACCGUGACUAAACGGUCACGUGGAAUUUGACUGCCUUCAUGACUCGUGACCGCUGGUGUGGCGGUAAUACGGUCACCACAACAGCCCUAGUCAAUACUCCAUAUUCCUGAACAACAUAUGGGACCUCAGCUGAAAACGCUAUUCCCUAAAUGGUCACCAGAUGGCGCCGCGAUCGGUUCGCUAGUUUUUCGGAAAAGGGGUUUUGAAAUAUUAGCAUUAUCCAAUAGGCACAUUUUGAAAAGACCUCCAAGAAAUUACACAAAGUUGUCAACAGUGACACUCGAAUCACAGAGAACGAUUAAUUAUGACCACUUCCUGGCCGUGUGGUGCCAGGAUAACAACCUCUCCCUCAACGUGAUCAAGACAAAGGAGAUGAUUAUGGACUACAUGGAAAAAAAAGAGGACUGAGCACGCCCCCAUUCUCAUUGACGGGGCUGUAGUGGAACAGGUUGAGAGCUUCAAGUUCCUUGGUGUCCACAUCACCAACAAACUAUCAUGGUCCAAACACACCAAGACAGUCGUGAAGAGGGCACGACGAAGCCUAUUCCCCCUCAGGAGACUGAAAAUAUUUGGCAUGUGUCCUCAGAUCCUCAAAAAGUUCUACAGCUGCUCCAUCGAGAGCAUCCUGACUGGUUGCAUCACCGCCUGGUAUGGCAACUGCUCGGCCUCUGACCGCAAGGCACUACAGAGGGUAGUGCGUACGACCCAGUACAUCACUGGGGCCAAGCUUCCUGCCAUCCAGGACCUCUAUACCAGGCGGUGUCAGAGGAAGGCCCAAAAAUGAUCAAAGACUCCAGCCACCCUAGUCAUAGACUGUUCUCUCUGCUACCGCACAGCAAGCGGUACCGGAACGCCAAGUCUAGGUCCAAAAGACUUCUUAACAGCUUCUACCCCCAAGCCAUAAGACAGCUAAUCAUGGCUACCCGGACUAUUUGCAUUGCUCCCCACCCUACCCCACCAUCACACCCCACCCCACCCCAUCCCCCUCUUUUACACUGCUGCUACUCGGUUUAUUAUUUAUGCAUAGUCACUUUAACUAUACCCACAUGUACAUAUUACCUAAAUUACCUCGACUAACAGGUGCCCCCGCACAUUGACUCUGUACCGGUACCCCCUGUAUAUUAUGGAGGACUAAAAGUGCCACAAUUAAAUAAAUAAAUACACCAUUAAAUAAUUACUUAAAUGUGUCAUUAAUUAAUUAAAAUUAGAAUUAAAUACAUAAAUGUGUAAUUAAAUGUAUCAUUAAUUAAUUCAAAUACCGAUUCAUUUUAUGUAAAAUACAUAUAUAAUAAUUUCACUAUUUACAUUUACAUUUCAUGGUCCUGCGUUGGAGUGCUUCCUGAAUUACUUAAAACUGUCAAACUGACCCAUCAAAAGUUGGUAGGCGGAACCUAACGCCUGAUUGGUUACCCUCUGCAUCAAGCCAAGACAAAUCAAUUCCGGAUAAUGUCAGCAGGUCCUGCUUCUACAUCCUCUGCUAAGUUUAAAAUGUCUCUAACCAACUCCCUGGAAAGUUCACGGAGAUCCUCCAUUGUCUCUAUCCAGGUUGGCCUACUCUACUUCAGACCAAAUCAAUGGAUCAGACUAGAUUUGCGUUAGCCCCGCCCACUGACUUUGAUGGGUCAGUUUGACAGUUUUAAGUAAUUCAUGAAUCACUGCAAUGCAGGAUCAUGAAAUGUAAAUGUAAAUAGUGAAAUAAUUAUAUAUGUAUUUUACAUAAAAUGAAUCGGUAUUUGAAUUAAUUAAUGAUACAUUUAAUUACACAUUUAUGUAUUUAAUUCUAAUUUUAAUUAAUUAAUGACACAUUUAAGUAAUUAUUUAAUGGUGUAUUUAUUUAUUUAAUUGUGGCACUUUUAGUCCUCCAUAGUAUAUAGCAUCCCUACUGUUAUUUUAUUUCACUGCUACUCUUUAAUUAUUUGCUAUUUUUUACUUAUCUCUUUUUUACUUAACACUUUUUUUUUUUUCUUAAAAACUGCAUUGUUGGUUAAGGGCUUGUAAGUAAGCAUUUCACUGUUAUGUCUACACCUGUUGUAUUUGGCGCAUGUGGCAAAUCAAAUUUGAUUUGAUUCCUUCUGUUUGAAUAUUCGAGACAGGUGUUGUUGAUUUAAUUAAAAACAAUAUUUUCUAAGCUAUCUUUUAAAGCAAACAAGGAAGGAAAGCUAACUAAUUAUACAUGGUGCUAAGAGGCUAAUAUUUCAUUUUUGUUGAAGGAGAAACAGAAAAAGAUAAACAGAAUUAGGAUUACAGAUCAUACAGUCUCAUUCAAAGUGAGAAAUGCAGCAUGUCCUCAUUGGAGAGCAAUCUGUUUUGAGCUGGGCCCAGUUGCAUAAAACAUCUUAAGUAUUUCCCUUAAGGAAAAUGUUUACCUUACCUAAGGGAAUUGUUUAAGGGCGUUGCAUAGAGCCCCUCAAAUAUUUCCUUAGGUAAGGGCAUACGUAAGGGGUUUUAAGAUAGUUUGAAGGCAUGUAUGGCAGAAACAGUAUCCAGCAAAAUUAAGGCAGUUGUACAAUUAAAAAAACAUCACAAUACAUUCACAACAGAUUUCAAAACACAUUAAGUGUGUCCGUUCAGGCCCCUACUAUACUACUACAACAUAUCUACAACACAAAAUCCAUGUGUACAUGUGUAUAGUGCGUAUGUUAUCAUGUGUUUGUUUCCAUGUGUUUGUGCCUAUGUUUGUGUUGCUUCACAGUCGCCGGUGUUCCAUAAGGUGUAUUUUUAUCUAUUUUUAAAUCUAAUUUUACUGCUUGCAUGAGUUGAUGGGGAAUAGAGUUCCAUGUAGUCAUGGCUCUAUGUAGUACUGUGUGCCUCCCAUAGUCUGUUCUGGACUGUGAAGAGACCUCUGGUGGCAUGUCUUGUGUGGUAUGCAUGGGUGUCUGAGUUGUGUGCCAGUAGUUCAUGCUUGGUGCAUUCAACAUGUCAAUACUUCUCACAAAUACAAGUAGUGAUGAAGUCAAUCUCUCCUCCAUUUUGAGCCAGGAGAGAUUGACAUGCAUAUUAUUAAUGUUAGCUCUCUGUGUACAUCCAAGGGCCAGCCGUGCUGCCCUGUUCUGAGCCAACUGCAAUUUUCCUAAGUCCCUCUUUGUGGCACCUGACCACAUGACUGAACAGUAGUCCAGGUGCGAACAAAACUAGGGCCUGUAGGACCUGCCUUGUUGAUAAUGCUGUUAAAAAGGCAGAACAGCGCUUUAUUAUGGACAGACUUCUCCCCUUAGCUACUGUUGUAUCAAUAUGUUUUGACCAUGACAGUUUACAAUCCAGGGUUUCUCCAAGCAGUUUAGUCACCUCAACUUGCUCAUUUUCCACAUUAUUCAUUAAAAUAUUUAAUUGAGGUUUAGGGUUUAGUGAAUGAUUUGUCCCAAAUACAAUGCGUUUAGUUUUUGAAAUAUUUAGGACUAACUUAUUCCUUGCCACCCCAUUCUGAAACUAACUGCAGCUCUUUGUUAAGUGUUGCAGUCAUUUCAGUCUGUCACGGAUUCAGCCGAGGCUGCUCCUCCUCCUUGCUCGGGCAGGCUUCGGCGUACGUCGUCCCCGGAGUACUAGCUGCUACCGAUCUAUGUUUCGGUGGUCGUCUUGUUUGGUCUUUAUUGUUUACACCUGUUUCCCAUUAUGUUACAUUGUAUUCCCUUUAUAACCCCCUGUCUCUCAUUGGUUAUUGUGUGUGAUUGUUUUCCGUAAGGUCGGCAUUGCUGUUUGUAUGCGAGUAUUGUUUCCUCCCUGUUAGGAGGUUUUGUUUUGUAUGUUCCUUUACUGUGUAGUAAAGUACGUCUGCCAGUAGCUCGGUGUCCUGCGCUUGACUUCGCUCACCGCAUACACGUCACCUUGACAGAAUCACUCACACACCACACAUGGAGUCAGCAGGAGCGGCGGUGCCAGCUGGAUCAAUGGAAGAACGCGUCGAACAACAAGCGGCCAUGAUCCAGGCUCUCGGCACCGCCAUGGAACGGGUGGUGAGCACUAUGGAGCGAUGGGAAAGAGGGGGUCUGCCUACACCUCCUCCGACGAUACCACCACCAUCGGCGAUGCCCAUCGCUCCACCUCCGGGGUCCAGUGGGAUUCGGCUCUCGCUCCCGAGGGCUUAUGAUGGCACAGCUGCCGGGUGUCAGGGUUUCCUGCUCCAGGUGUCCGCUCUCAUCUCCUGUCUGUCCGGCAAGGCGCUGGAGUGGGCCAACGCCGAGUGGGGGGGAAUAGACGCCGCUACUGUCAACUAUGCAGAGUUCACCUGCCGCUUCAGGGCAGUAUUCGAUCAUCCACCAGAGGGUAAAGCGGCGGGUGAGCGUCUAUUCCACCUCAGACAGGGGAGGAGGAGCGCACAGGAGUUUGCACUGGACUUCCGGACGCUGGCUGCCAACGCGGGAUGGAAUGAGAGGGCCCUCAUCGACCACUACAGAUGUAGCCUGAGAGAGGACGUGCGUCGGGAAUUGGCCUGCAGGGACACCAACCUCAGCUUCGAUCAACUGGUGGACAUGUCUAUUCGCCUGGAUACCCUGUUGGCUACCCGCGGACGUCCGGAUUCAGGGCCGUCCAUUCCAUCCCUCAGCACUUUCGAGCCGACCCCUAUGGAGCUCGGAGGUGCUGGUGCUAGGGAGACCAGGAGAUAGACCAGGAGAGAGGCCAUCCCCUGCACCAACUGUGGCUGCAGAGGACACACUGCUGGUCGGUGCUGGGGAGGGUCUCCUAGGGAUCGAGGCAGUAGGCAGCGCACUGAUGAGUCAUUCCAGGUGAGUAGGCACCCAACUCACCCAUAGCUCUCUGUUGCGCAUAUGUGUAUUAAAGUUGUGUUUCCCGAGGUUUCUCCCAGCAUAAGGCGCUAGUAGAUUCAGGCGCAGCUGGGAAUUUUAUCGAUCGCCAAUUCACCUAUAAGUUAGGGAUUCCUAUUGUACCUGUUGAUGUGCCCUUCCCCAUCCAUGCCCUAGAUAGCCGCCCUUUGGGGUCAGGAUUGAUUAGGGAAGUCACAGCGCCUCUCAGGAUGAAAACGCAGGAGAGCCAUGAGGAGAUUGAUUCUCCUGCGUUUCCCGUGGUGUUGGGGCUUCCCUGGUUAACAUCUCAUGACCCCAACAUUUCAUGGCAACAGAGGGCUCUCAAGGGAGGGUCUGAUCAGUGUUUCGGGCGGUGUGUAGGUGUUUCCGUAGGGGCAACGACGGUGGAAAGCCCGAACCAAGUUCCCACCAUGCACAUUCCACCUGAGUAUGCCGAUUUGGCACUCGCCUUCUGUAAAAAGAAGGCGACUCAAUUACCACCUCAUCGACAGGGGGAUUGUGCGAUAGACCUCCAAGUAGGCGCUGCGCUUCCUCGUAGUCAUGUGUAUCCUCUGUCUCAGGAGGAGAUGGCGGCUAUGGAGAUAUAUGUCACAGAAUCUCUGAGACAGGGAUACAUACGGCCGUCCAAUUCCCCUGCGUCAUCAAGUUUAUUUUUUGUGAAGAAGAAGAAUCGUGUAUCGAUUACCGUGGUCUCAAUCAGAUCACAAUCAAAUACAGCUAUCCCCUCCCUCUGAUUGCUAGUAUGACGGAGUCAUUACACGGGGCGCGAUUCUUCACAAAAUUGGAUCUCAGGAGCGCGUACAACCUGGUGCGCAUUAGGGAGGGAGAUGUGGUCCUCUGUAGCUCAGCUGGUAGAGCACGGAGCUUGUAACGCCAAGGUAGUGGGUUCGAUCCCCGGGACCACCCAUACACAAAAAUGUAUGCACGCAUGACUGUAAGUCGCUUUGGAUAAAAGCGUCUGCUAAAUGGCAUACUAUUUAUUAUUAUGAGUAGAAGACAGCAUUCAGUACCACCUCGGGUCACUAUGAGUACCUCGUCAUGCCAUACGGUUUAAUGAAUGUUCCUUCAGUCUUCCAAUAGUUUGUGGACAAGAUUUUCCGGGACUUGCAUGGACAGGGUGUAGUGGUGUAUAUUGAUAACAUUCUAAUAUACUCCGCUACACGAGCCGAGCAUGUGUCCCUGGUGCGUCGGGUGCUUGGUAGACUGUUGGAGCAUGACCUGUAUGCGAAGGCGGAGAAAUGUCUGUUCUUCCAGGAGUCCAUCUCCUUCCUGGGACAUCGGUUGUCCACGUCAGGGGUGGAGAUGGAGAUUGACCGCGUUUCGGCCGUGCGUAAUUGGCAGACUCCCACCACGGUGAAGGAGGUGCAGCGGUUCUUGGGUUUUGCCAAUUACUACCGGAGGUUUAUCUGGGGCUUUGGACAGGUAGCAGCUCCCAUUACCUCCCUGCUAAAGGGGGGUCCGGUGCGUCUGCAGUGGUCGGCUGAGGCGGACAGGGCUUUUAGACAUCUGAAGGACCUGUUUACCUCGGCUCCGGUGCUGGCACAUCCGGAUCCCUCUUUGGCGUUCCAAGUUGAAGUGGAUGCGUCCGAGGCUGGGAUCGGUGCUGUACUGUCUCAGCGCGCGGGUACGCCACCAAAACUCCGCCCCUGUGCUUUCUAUUCUAAGAAGCUCAGUCCGGCGGAGCGCAAUUAUGACGUGGGGGACAGGGAGCUGUUAGCUGUGGUUCAAGCCCUGAAGGUGUGGAGGCAUUGGCUUGAGGGGGCUAAACACCCUUUUCUCAUUCUGACUGACCAUCGUAACCUGGAGUACAUCCGGGCAGCGAGGAGGCUGAACCCUGGCCAGGCAAGGUGGGCUAUGUUUUUUACCCGAUUUGUAUUUAAACUCACCUAUAGACCAGGGUCACAGAACACUAAGGCAGACGCCUUGUCCCGACUAUAUGACACAGAGGAGAGGUCCAUUGAGCCCACUCCCAUACUUCCGGAGUCUUGUCUGGUGGCACCGGUGGUGUGGGAGGUUGAUGCGGACAUCGAGCGGGCGUUAUGUACCGAUCCUACUCCCCCACAGUGUCCAGAGGGUCGGAAGUACGUGCCGCUCGAGGUUCGUGAUCGAUUGAUAUAUUGGGCUCACAUGUCACCCUCCUCUGGUCAUCCUGGUAUUGGUCGGACAGUGCACUGCCUUAGCGGGAAGUACUGGUGGCCCACUUUAGCUAAGGACGUGAGGGUUUAUGUUUCCUCCUGCUCAGUGUGCGCCCAGUGUAAGGCACCUAGACACCUGCCCAGAGGGAAGUUACAACCCCUCCCCGUUCCACAACGGCCGUGGUCUCACCUAUCGGUGGAUUUUGUCACGGAUCAUCCCCACUCCCAGGGGAACACGACGAUCUUGGUCGUUGUGGAUCGGUUUUCGAAGGCCUGCCGUCUCAUUCCUAUGCCAGGUCUCACUACAACCCUACAAACUGCUGACGCCCUGUUUACACACGUCUUCCGGCACUACGGGGUACCUGAGGAUAUAGUCUCUGAUCGGGGUCCCCAGUUCACCUCUAGAGUCUGGAGGGCGUUUAUGGAACGUCUGGGGGUCUCGAUUAGCCUUACCUCAGGUUUUCACCCACCCCUAGAGUAAUGGGCAGGUGGAGAGAGUGAAACAGGAUGUGGGUAGGUUUCUGAGGUCCUAUUGCCAGGACCGGCAGGAGGAGUGGUCAGGAUAUAUCCCCUGGGCUGAGAUAGCCCAAAACUCACUCCGCCACUCCUCAACUAACCUUACGCCUUUCCAGUGUGUGCUAGUGGACGAGUGGUUUUGGCACUCGGAAGAAACCUGGAACGCUGCGCAUGUCCAUCUGCAGCGGGCUAUCAGGCGGCAAAAGGCGAGCGCCGAUCGCCACCGCAGUGAGGCUCCGGUGUAUGCACCAGGAGAUCGGGUCUGGCUCUCGACCCGAAACCUGCCCCUUCGCCCCACUGGACAUCGAGGGGGCUCCGGCGUACUCAGUCCGUUCCAUCUUGGAUUCAAGGCGUUGGAUGGGGGGCCUGCAGUAUCUCGUGGAGUGGGAGGGGUACGGUCCAGAGGAACGGUGCUGGGUCCCUAGGAGGGACAUCCUAGAUCCCUCCAUGUUGAGGGAUUUCCACCGGAGUCAUCCGACUCGCCCUGCUCCGCGUCCUCCUGGCCGUACCCGAGGCCGGGGUCGGUGCACGGCUGGAGCCGCGCGUCAAGGGGGGGGGGGGGGGGGUACUGAAACGGAUUCAGCCGAGGCUGCUCCUCCUCCUUGCUUGGGCAGGCUUCGGCGUUCGUCAUCUCCGGAGUACUAGCUGCUACCGAUCUAUGUUUCGGUGAUCGUCUUGUUUGGUCUUUAUUGUUUACACCUGUUUCCCAUUAUGUUACAUUGUGUUCCCUUUAUAACCCCCUGUCUCUUAUUGGUUAUUGUGUGUGAUUGUUUUCCGUAAGGUCGGCACUGCUGUUUGUAUGCGAGUAUUGUUUCCUCCCUGUUAGGAGGUUUUGUUUUGUAUGUUCCUUUACUGUGUAGUAAAGUACGUCUGCCAGUAGCUCGGUGUCCUGUGCUUGACUUCGCUCACCGCAUACGCGUCACCUUGACACAGUCGCUGUAGUAGCUGAUGUGUGUAGUGUUGAGUCAUCUGCACACAUAGACAAACUUGCUUUACUCAAAGCUAAUGUCAUGUCGUUAGUAAAGGCUGAAAAGAGUAAGGGGCCUAGACAUGCUGCCCUGGGGAAUUCCUGAUUCUACCUGGAUUAUGUUGUAUAGGCUUCCACUAAAGAACACCCUCUGUGUUCUGUUAGACAGGUAACUCUUUAUCCACAACAUAGCAGGGGGUGUAAAGCCAUAACACAUACAGUACCAGUCAAAAGUUUGGGCACCUACUCAUUCCAGGGUUUUUCUUUAUUUUUACUAUUUUCUACAUUGUAGAAUAAUAGUGAAGACAUCAAAACUAUGAAAUAGCACUUAUGGAAUCAUGUAUUAACCAAAACAGUGUUAAACAAAUCAAAAUAUAUUUUAGAUUUGAGAUUCUUCAAAGUAGCAACCCUUUGCCUUGAUGACAGCUUUGCACACUCUUGGCAUUCUCUCAACCAGCUUCACCUGGAAUGCUUUUCCAACAUUCCCACAGAAUUUGUAUAACACCCUUUAGGUUACUACAUGAUUCCAUACGUGCUAUUUCAUAGUUUUGAUGUCUUCACUAUUAUUCUACAAUGUAAAAAAUAGUCAAAAUAAAGAAAAACACUUGAAUGAGUAGGUGUGUCCAAACUUUUGACUGGUAGUGUACAUUAUCAAGCAUUUCACUCGUUAUCCAGAUACUGACUGUUAGCACUUGGUGGUCUAUAGCAGGUUCCCACCAGAAUGGGCUUUGGGUGAGGCAGAUGAACCAUAUUACUUCAACAGUAUUUAACAUGAGAUCCUCUCUAAGCUUUACAGGAAUGUGGUUCUGAAUAUAAACGGCCACACCUCCAACUUUGGCAUUUCUGUAUUUUCUGUAGAUCUUAUAACCAUGUAUUGCUACCACUGUAUCAUAAAAGGUAUUAUCUAAGUGAGUUUCAGAGAUUGUCAGAAUAUGAAUGUCAUCUGUUACUAGCAAAUGAUUGAUUUCAUGAACCUUGUUUCUUAAGCUACAUAUGUUAACGUGGGCUAUUUUUAGCACUUUUCUGGGAUGCUUGAUUGUUUUUAUUGCUUUACUGAGAAGCUUAGCAGAGGUAGACAUGCUUAGGUUAUUUAUGUUAGUGCAGGGCGAGCUGCACACAGUGGACUUCCUGCUAGGGCACACCACCUCAGUGCUAACAGUAUAACUCUGGUUCAUAGGCACAUGAUUACUGCAUACAAUAGCUGUAGGAUCAGCAGAGACAUUCAGGGCAGUAAGAGGGAAAUACAUUAGGUUACUUACAUUGUGUCUUCCAGCGCCUCUGGGAUAAUGUACAUUUGCUGAAGCAUUGUGACAACUCAGUGACACAAUGGUAGGGAUUAAAUGAGCUUUGCUUGGGUCAUUGAUAAGUCAUUGUCUCAACGCAGCCUUAUAAUGCUGUGAAAGGAUCCAGGAACCCAAAUGAUUUGGGUCGAUCCCAUCCUCCUUAUAAUUCGAGUUUUGUUUCCAAAAGGUAUCAAAAUUGUCAAUAAAUGUUACACCCACAGAGUUGCAAUAGUCUCGUAGCCAGUUAUGGAGGGCUAAAAGUCUGCUGAACCGUUCAAUGCCACGGUUUCGGGAGGGCGGAGGGCCAGAUAUUAUGGGGCGUUUGUUGGUGUCAAGUAGUGACACAAUCAGUUCUUUACCAUGGAGACGGCCUGAUUCACUGAUUAAAUGUCUCCUCAAAGAGAUCACUUUCAUUUUGUGAAAUAGCAAAAUAGAUCUCCUACAAUCAAGACAGGAUAACCAAAUUGCUUCAGAAGAUAAUAAACCAUGUUUCUUGUAGUUACUUUUUUCUCAGCUUGUUUAUAUUACUUUCUAAUAUGUCAAGCUAGCUUACAGAGUAGCUAGCUAACUAGCCAGCUAGCUUUGUAGCCAUGGAUUGUACACAUUCCAUUGUUUAUAUACACUACCGUUCAAAAAGUUUGGGGUCACUUAGAAAUGUCCUUGUUUUCCAUGAAAACAUACAUGAAAUGAGUUUGAAUAGGAAAUAUAGCAAAAUGCAUAGGAAAUGUAGUCAUUGACAAGGUUAGAAAUAAGGAUUUUUAAUUGAAAUAAUAAUUGUGUCCUUUGAACUUUGCUUUCGUCAAAUAAUCCUCCAUUUGCAGCAAUUAUAGCCUUGCAGACCUUUGGCAUUCUAGUUGUCCAUUUUUUGAGGUAAUCAGAAGAGAUUUCACCCCAUGCUUCCUGACGCACCUCCCACAAUUUGGAUUGGCUUGAUGGGCACUUCUUACGUACCAUACGGUCAAUCUGCUCCCACAAGAGUGCAAUAGGGUUGAGAUCCGGUGACUGUGCUGGCCACUCCAUUAUAGACAGAAUACCAGCUGACUGCUUCUUCCCUAAAUAGUUAUUGCAUAGUUUGGAGCUGUGCUUUGGAUCAUUGUCCUGUUGUAGGAGGAAAUUGGCUCCAAUCAAGCUCCGUCCACAGGGUAUGGCAUGGCGUUGCAAAAUGGAGUGAUAGCCUUUCUUCUGCAAGAUCCCUUUCACCCUGUACAAAUCUCCCACUUUACCACCACCAAAGCACCCCCAGACCAUCACAUUGCCUCCACCAUGCUUGACAGAUGUCAUCAAGCACUCCUCCAGCAUCUUUUCAUUUGGUCUGCGUCUCACAAAUGUUCUUCUUUGUGAUCCGAACACCUCAAACUUCGAUUCGUCUGUCCAUAAAACUUUUUCCCAAUCUUCCUCUGUCCAGUGUCUGUGUUAUUUUGCCCAUCUUAAUCUUUUAUUUUUAUUGGCCAGUCUGAGAUAUGGCUUUUUCUUUGCAACUCUGCCUAGAAGGUCAGUAUCCCGGAGUCGCCUCUUCACUGUUGACGUUGAGACUGGUGUUUUACAGGUACUAUUUAAUGAAGCUGCCAGUUGAGGACCUGUGAGGUGCCUGUUUCUCAAACUAGACACUCUAGUUAGUAUUUGUCCUCUUGCUCAGUUAUGCACCGGGGCCUCCCACUCCUCUUUCUAUUCUGGUUAGAGCCAGCUUGCGCUGUUCUGUGAAGGGAGUAGAACACAGCGUUGUACGAGAUCUUCAGUUUCUUGGCUAUUUCUCGCAUGGAAUAGCCUUCAUUUCUCAGAACAAGAAUAGACUGACGAGUUUCAGAAGAAAGUUACAUGUUUCUGGCCAUUUUGAGCCUGUAAUCGAACCCACAAUUGCUGAUGCUCCAGAUACUCAACUAGUCUCAAGGCCAGUUUUAUUGUUUCUUUAAUCAGCACAACAGUUUUCAGCUGUGCUAACAUAAUUGCAAAAUGGUUUUCUAAUGGUCAAUUAGCCUUUUUAAAUGAUAAACUUGGAUUAGCAAACACAACGUGCCAUUGGAACACAGGACUGAUGGUAGCUGAUAAUGGGCCUCUGUACGCCUUUGUAGAUAUUCCAUUAAAAAUCAGCUGUUUCCAGCUACAAUAGCCAUUUACCACAUUAACAAUGUCUACACUGUAUUUCUGAUCAAUUUGAUGUUAUUUUAAUGGACAAAAAAAAUGCUUUUCUUUUGAAAACAAGGACAUUUCUAAGUGACCCCAAACUUUUGAACGGUAGUGUAAGUAGCUACAGCUAGCUUUGUAGCCAUGUGUACCUUCCAUUGCUUAGCUAAGUAGCUGGUUGAUGUUUUCCUUUUGUAACCAGAGCAGAUGAAAGACACAUUCACCUCCAAAAAUGCUGUUUACAUUGAUAUCCAUACUGAAUGAAGCAGUUAAGGGACCUCAUGGCCACCCUUAACUUUUUUACUUAAUUGAAGGGGGAAAUAACCUUAAAAUGUUUUGUGCAACUGACUUAAAAUUAAGGAAAUUUGAAGGGAAAAUAGGAGGGGAAAAUUAACUUAAGGUGUUUAUGCAACCGGGCCCUGUGACGCAAAACUGAAACCUAGCCACUCUCUUGUAUCUUAGCAGCAGUAUCUAGCUGGCUAGCUACACAAUUGUUUAGCUUGCUUGCUAGCUAACGUUAUCAGAACAGGGCAGCACGGCUGGCCUUUGGAUGUACACAGAGCUCUAACAUUAAUAAUAUGCAGCCAGUGCUGCCAACACUGGCUGCAGUAACCCAUGGGGAGGAGGUCACACUCAGACAAUCAGAGAGGGGGCAUAUUAUUGUGGCACAAAAUAAUGCUUAGGAAAAAUGGUUACAACGGGGGACCAGAGUGUUUGUGUCUCAGGGGAAGAGGGUGGAUCUGAUCUCCAUCACCUAGGACUUGACAUUGGUUAAUCAAAUCUCAAAUCUUUGUCAAAUCUUUGCUCAAUCUUGCAUGCUUUCUCAAACAGCUGUAACUGUAUAUGCAUUCGUAAAUCAGGUCCUUUCUUGAGUUGGGCUCUGGGAUGUAACAACCGUUUAGCAUCUGAUCUUAUGGUUGAUUGUGGAGGAAAGGGAUUGAGUGUGUUAGAGUAUGUGUGUGUGUGUGUGUGUUUAUUCCACAUCUGUUGCAAGGGGGUAAGGAUGUUAGGGAGAAUAUAGGAUGAACCACAAUAAUUGUUUGCUCAAAUAAUAAUUGCUUGACAAAAAUGUAAUGUAAUACAAUGGCAAUCAGGGUUAUAGGUAACAAUCAUUCGCAUUAACUGUCGACAUUAUUACGCAUAUUAAUUGAUAGUGAUGGAAAUUAAGAUAUGCAAGAUCUUUGAAUAGAUAUAUAUUUUUAAUAGCUAUAUAUUGAGGUGAGAGCAUUGGAAAUGCUUUUGGCGGUUGACCUGCUUCUUUUUUGUGGGUGGCACUGUGUGCUGUUUUCGAAGGACGGGUCUAGGGGGGCUAGGGAUCCGGGGGGGGUGGGGGUGGUAUGCCGAUCACUGGGAUGACAACCCAACUUGGGAUGGGGAGGGGCUUUAGCGGGGGGGAAUAGUGGAGAACAAUUGGAGGGUUACUUAGUAGCAAUGCAAAUACCAUGGUACAGCUAUAUGGACACUCAAUCACUAUGGUAUUUUUUAUUGGUACAUUUACAAACAUAUAUUAUGAUAAAUAGAUUUGAAACUUGUAUCUCAUUAUGUUAAGUGGUGAAAUAAGUAUAGCCAGUUAUAAUUGUAAUGGCUUAGCAGAUAAUAACAAAAGAAGAACAAUAUUUACAUGGCUCAAUGAAAAUGAAUAUAAUAUCUAUUGUUUACAGGAAACUCAUUCAACAAUUCUAGAGGAAGAUGUGUGGAAAAAGGACUGGAGGGGGUGAAAUAUACUUCUCCCAUGGGCAAAGAAACUCAAAAGGGGUGAUGAUAUUAAUUAACAGUAAUUUCGAUCCAAAUGUGCAAAUUGUCCAAACAGAUCCGCAAGGUAGAUGGAUGAUUUUAAAUAUGUUAUUGGACCAUAAACAAAUAUGUCUCAUUAACCUUUACGGACCAAAUAAUGAUGAUCCACACUUCUUUGACAAUAUAUACAGUGCGGAAAAAAGUAUUUAGUCAGCCACCAAUUGUGCAAGUUCUCCCACUUAAAAAGAUGAGAGAGGCCUGUAAUUUUCAUCAUAGGUACACGUCAACUAUGACAGACAAAUUGAGAAAAACAAAAUCCAGAAAAUCACAUUGUAGGAUUUUUAAUGAAUUGAUUUGCAAAUUAUGGUGGAAAAUAAGUAUUUGGUCAAUAACAAAAGUUUCUCAAUACUUUGUUAUAUACCCUUUGUUGGCAAUGACACAGGUCAAACGUUUUCUGUAAGUCUUCAAAAGGUUUUCACACACUGUUGCUGGUAUUUUGGCCCAUUCCUCCAUGCAGAUAUCCUACAGAGCAGUGAUGUUUUGGGGCUGUCGCUGGGCAACACGGACUUUCAACUCCCUCCAAAGAUUUUCUAUGGGGUUGAGAUCUGGAGACUGGCUAGGCCACUCCAGGAUCUUGAAAUGUUUCUUACGAAGCCACUCCUUUGUUGCCCGGGCGGUGUGUUUGGGAUCAUUGUCAUGCUGAAAGACCCAGCCACGUUUCAUCUUCAAUGCCCUUGCUGAUGGAAGGAGGUUUUCACUCAAAAUCUCACGAUACAUGGCCCCAUUCAUUCUUUCCUUUACACGGAUCAGUCGUCCUGGUCCCUUUGCAGAAAAACAGCCCCAAAGCAUGAUUUUUCCACCCCCAUGCUUCACAGUAGGUAUGGUGUUCUUUGGAUGCAACUCAGCAUUCUUUUUCCUCCAAACACGACGAGUUGAGUUUUUACCAAAAAGUUCUAUUUUGCUUUCAUCUGACCAUAUAACAUUCUCCCAAUCCUCUUCUGGAUCAUCCAAAUGCACUCUAGCAAACUUCAGACGGGCCUGGACAUGUACUGGCUUAAGCAGGGGGACACGUCUGGCACUGCAGUAUUUGAGUCCCUGGCGGCGUAGUGUGUUACUGAUGGUAGGCUUUGUUACUUUGGUCCCAGCUCUCUGCAGGUCAUUCACUAGGUCCCCCCGUGUGGUUCUGGGAUUUUUGCUCACCGUUCUUGUGAUCGUUUUGACCCCACGGGGUGAGAUCUUGCAGAUCGAGGGAGAUUAUCAGUGGUCUUGUAUGUCUUCCAUUUCCUAAUAAUUGCUCCCACAGUUGAUUUCUUCAAACCAAGCUACUUACCUAUUGCAGAUUCAGUCUUCCCAGCCUGGUGCAGGUCCACAAUUUUGUUUCUGGUGUCCUUUGACAGCUCUUUGGUCUUGGCCAUAGUGGAGUUUGGAGUGUGACUGUUUGAGGUUGUGGACAGGUGUCUUUUAUACUGAUAACAAGUUCAAACAGGUGCCAUUAAUACAGGUAACGAGUGGAGGACAGAGGAGCCUCUUAAAGAAGAAGUUACAGGUCUGUGAGAGCCAGAAAUCAUGCUUGUUUGUAGGUGACCAAAUACUUAUUUUCCACCAUAAUUUGCAAAUAAAUUCAUAAAAAAUCCUACAAUGUGAUUUUCUGGAAAGAAUUUUCUCAAUUUGUCUGUCAUAGUUGACGUGUACCUAUGAUGAAAAUUACAGGCCUCUCUCAUCUUUUUAAGUGGGAGAACUUGCACAAUUGGUGGCUGACUAAAUACUUUUUUUCCCCACUGUAUGUAUUUAUAUGUAUGUGUAUAUGUAUGUGUAUAUAUAUAUAUAUAAAUAUAUUUGCGAGAAAAUUGGAAGUGAUGCAGACAAUUACAUCGAUAGAAGUUACAAUCAAUCUGCAAUAUUAAAGCUGAUCUACCCCCCAAUAAUAAUAAUAAUAAUAAUAAUAAUAAUAAUAAUAAUAAUAAUAAUAAUAAUAAUAAUAAUAUGCAUGUCAGUCUCUCCUGGCUGAAAGUGGAGGAGAGAUUGACUUUAUCAAUACUUGUAUUUGUGAGAGGUAUUGACAUGUUGAAUGCACCGAACUGUCUGUUUGAACUACUGGCACCCAGCUCGGACACCCACGCAUACCCCACAAAACAUGCCACCAGAGGUCUCUUCACAGUCCCCAAGUCCAGAACAGACUAUGGAAGGCGCACAGUACUACAUAAAGCCAUGACUACAUGGAACUCUAUUCCACAUCAAGUAACUCAUACAAGCAGUAAAAUUAGAUUUAAAAAAACAGAUAACAAUACACCUUAUGGAACAGCGGGGACUGUGAAGCAACACAAACAUGGGCACAGACACAUGCAUAAACACACACAUGGAUUUUGUGUUGUAGAUAUGUGGUAGUAGAGUAGGGGCCUGAGGGCACACACUUAAUGUGUUGUGAAUGUAUUGUAAUGUUUUUUAAAUUGUAUAACUGCCUUAAUUUUGCUGGACCCCAGGAAUAGUAGCUGCUACCUUGGCAGCAGCUAAUGGGGAUCCAUAAUAAAUACAAUACAAAAUACAAAUAUCCGGAUAAUAUUGACGCUCAAUAUAUUUUUGUUCUAAGCCAUAUUAAAAAUGCAAUUCAAGGCAGAUAGCCUUUAUUGAAAUUGUAUCUGUUUCAUUAGUUGAUGUUAUAAUGUUAGUUGCUAGGUAGCUAGCUAGCUAGCCAGGCACCCGGGUUCACAGCAUCGCAUUAGUGGAAACCAAGACUGUUCUCAGGGCCUGGUUACAGCUAGAUAUGUUUGAGUUGGGUCAGGGAUAAUUGUAGCAUUUUAGCUAACCUUUUCCUAACAUUAGCCUAAUUCUCCUAACCUGCCACAUUAAUUCUCAUAACCUGCUGCUUAAGUUAUCCUAACCUGCUAUGAAAAGUCACUUCUGUUAGUCAAAACCAGCAAACCUACCUUGAGAACAGUCUUGGUUUCCACUAAUGCGAUACAGACCCAGGUUCACGUCUCGUCCGAGCAGCCCAGCUAGCUAACUCGUUGUACCUUGACAACAUUGACCCUUAACAUACUUCAGCCAUAUUCACAAUUCAAUUUAAGGCAGAUUAACUAUCUAACAGGCAUGAGUACAGAUCGGAUACAAACACAAUAGCUAACUACGUUAGCUACUCAAACCAAUGCAGAAAUGUCAUACAAUAGCAUAAUGUAGAACGUUAUAGCUAUUUAAAUGUUUUUUUACCUUGAUUGUCAGUAUUAUCUACUCUUUGCCCAUAUCUCCAAAAUUAUUUUGAAUCUCACCCCAAAUCAUUUAUAUGUGUCCAGGCAAUGUUGUUCUGCACUAAGAUGGCUGUUGACUGAUGCAGCAUCUUAGCCUGGUUUAUCCUCACUUUCUGACAAUUGUGUAAUUCAUAAACAACUAAGCUAUUUAAACGCAAGCUGCAGGUGAUGAGACCAGUUACAGAAAUUAUUACAAUACCAAAACAUAAUAUUUCACUCAAGUCAAACUUACCAACAUGAUUGUAAUACAUUCAUCAAUACUAUUCAUAUUAUCAAACUGGACCUCCUUAGCACUGUCACGUCUCCUCCCAUUGCUCCCCUCCGGCGCUCUGAUUCGCCGGUCUACUGAGCCACUGGUCUGAGCGCACCACCUCGGCAAAACACCGGAAUGGAAACCCAACGCACCCUAAUCACCUCCAGCGCACCUGCACCUCAUCAUCUCAUCACCACCCCUAUUUAGCCCUGGACUGUUCUGUAUGAUGUUGUGUGUGAUUGUUAAGCUUCGUGUCGUUUAUCCUAUGUUUGUUAUUUCUCUUUUGCAUUGUUAAGUAAACCUUGACCUUGUUAAUUCCUGCGUCUGCGUCCUGCCUCUUCGUAUACUCAGUACUCGUCACAGAAUCACACACUGAACAAAAAUGGAUGCAGCUGUAGUUUCCCAGUGCCUCGACCAGCAGCAGCUUGCCCAGUUGAACGCCACCAUGCAGGAAGUGCUCCAAACUCUGCAUAAUCUGCCCAGCGCUCCGGUUCCACCUCAGGGAGCGGCGAGUGCCCCCAAUCCACCUGUUCCCGGGCUAUCACCCACUUCUGCGGGAACCCUCGCCCUACUGGAGCACUAUGACGGAAAACCGGUAAAUGUAGAGGCUUCCUGCUACAGGUUUCACUUUAUCUGGCGCGUCAGCCUGGGGCAUAUCCAUCUGACCAAGCCAGGAUAGUGCUGGUUAUUUCGCUACUUAAAGGAAAGGCGCUGGAUUGGGCCACGGCAGUCUGGGAAGGAGAGGAGGCAGUGGCGCUUCCCUACCCCACCUUCCUUGCUCGGUUAAAAAAAAUAAAAAUAAAUUGGUCAUUUAGCAGACGCUCUUAUCCAGAGCGACUUACAGGAGUAAUUAGGGUUAAGUGCCUUGCUCAAGGGCACAUCGACAGAUUUUUCACCUAGUCGGCUCGGGGAUUAGAACCAGCGACCUUUCGGUUACUGGCACAACGCUCUUAACCACUAAGCUACCUGCCGCCCGGUUCAGGGCGGUGUUUGAUCAUCCCACGGAGGAAAAGGAUGGGGGUGAGCAUCUCCUCCAUCUACAACAGCGAGAGGGGCCCGCGUCCGAGUACGCUCUGAGCUUUCGCACGGUGGCGGCGUCUUCCGGCUGGAAUGAGCGUGCUCUGCGCACUGCCUCCAGGAGAGGCUUAUGGGAGGACAUCAAGAUGGAACUUGCAUGUCGGGAUGACGAGAUGGACCUUGAUACCCUCAUCACCACGUCCAUCCAUCUUGACGACAUGUUGAGAGAGAGACGGCGUUCCCAACACCUCCCGGAGCCUCGACGCUCACCCCAUCUGAGCUAUAGAAGCCGCCCUGCUUCCGAGUCCUCACCCAUGGAGGUGGGCAGCACCCCCUACACCACCACGGACCACAGAUCUCCUGGCCGCUCCCUAUCUAGGCGGUAUGACUCCCGUCGCCGCUCCGUGAGUGUUACGUCAGCUCCUAUCACAAAACCAUUGUUUUUAGUUCCCAUAACGGUGACUGGUUAUUCCUUCUCUUCCACUUCUACUGCUAUGAUAGAUUCCGGAUCAGCGGGGAACAUUAUAGAUAGGGAGCUGGUCUCUGAAUGGGGGUUGCCACCCGGGCCACUGCCAUCUCCGCUACAUGUCACCUCACUGGACAAUAAACCCCUUUGAUCAGGCACCAUUACUCAUGUCACUCUUCCCAUCACCAUCUCCAUUCCCACACUACCGGAGCACCAGCGGAUCAGCAGGGAACCUUAUAGAUAGGGAGCUGGUCUCUGAAUGGGGGUUGCCCACCGGGCCACUGCCAUCUCUGCUACACGUCACCUCACUGGACAAUAAACCCCUUUGAUCAGGCACCAUUACGCAUGUCACUCUUCCCAUCACUAUCACCAUUCCCACACUACCGGAGCACCACCAGAUCGGCGGGGAACCUUAUAGAUAGGGAGCUGGUCUCUGAAUGGGGGUUGCCCACCGGGCCACUGCCAUCUCCGCUACAAGUCACCUCACUGGACAAUAAACCCCUUUGAUCAGGCACCAUUACACAUGUCACUCUUCCCAUCACCAUCACCAUUCCCACACUACCGGAGGUGUUGGGAACGCCGAGGCUUCGGGAGGUGUUGGGAACGCCGUCUCUCUCUCAACAUGUCGUCAAGAUGGAUGGAUAUGGUGAUGAGGGUAUCAAGGUUCAUCUCGUCGUCCCGACAUGCAAGUUCCGUCUUGAUGUCCUCCCAUAAGCCUCUCCUGAAGGCAAUGCGCAGAGCACGCUCAUUCCAGCCGGAAGACGCCCCCACCGUGCGAAAGCUCAGAGCGUACUCGGACGCGGGCCCCUCUCGCUGUUGUAGAUGGAGGAGACGCUCACCCCCAUCCUUUCACUCCGUGGGAUGAUCAAACACCGCCCUGAACCAUCACGUCACCCCUUCACCGGAUCGUCUUGGGAUUGCCCUGGCUCAGACUACACAACCCCACCAUCAAUUGGAGCACCAAGAGGAUCACAGCCUGGUCCACCUCAUGCCGGAAGACCUGCCUGCCGGUGGCUUGUUGUUCCACGUCAGUGGAGAGUCCGGAGUCCGCCCUCCAGCCCAACAUUCCACGUGAGUACGCAGAUCUCUCCGAUGUCUUCUCUUCAUUAAAGGCUACGUGUCUCCCUCCUCACAGGCCCUGGGACUGCGCCAUUGACCUGCUGGAGGGACAACACCCCCCGAAAAGUCGCAUUUACUCCCUUUCCAUGGCGGGGACUGAGGCCAUGGAGAAGUAUAAUAAUAUAAUAUGCCAUUUAGCAGACGCUUUUAUCCAAAGCGACUUACAGUCAUGUGUGCAUACAUUUUUACAUAUGGGUGGUCCUGGGGAUCGAAUUGCGCUACAGUAUGUGGCGGAGACCCUGAAACAGGGGUUCAUCAGACGCUCUACCUUUCCUGCCUCCGCCAGCGUCUUCUUCGUGGCCAAAAAAGACGGAGGACUGAGACCAUGUGUUGACUACUGCCCCAAGUACCGGUACCCCCUCCCUCUGGUUCCGUCGACCAUCGAGCAGCUACGAGAGGCCCGGUAAUUUACCAAGUUGGACCUGAGGAGUGCCUACAACCUGAUCCGAAUCCGGGAAGGAGACGAGUGGAAGACGGCAUUCAGCACUACCUCAGGCCACUAUGAAUACUGCGUCAUGCCCUACGGCCUCGCCAACGCACCUUCUGUGUUCCAGUCCUUCGUCAAUGACGUGUUCCGGACAUGCUGAGUAGACAGGUGGUGGUGUACAUCGACGAUAUCCUGAUCUACUCGGCUACGUUCGAGGAGCGCGUCAGGGACGUCCGAGCUGUCCUACUCCGCCUCCGGGAACACAGCCUGUUGGUGAAGGGGGAGAAAUGCGAAUUCCACCAACAGGCCAUCUCCUACCUCGGAUACCGGAUCAGUCCUCAGGGGGUGUUCAUGGAAGGAGUGAAGACGGACGCCGUCAGGUCAUAGCCAGUUCCCACCACCAUCAAGGGCCUACAGAGCUUCCUGGGCUUCACUAAUUUCUACCGGCGUUUCAUCAGGUCCUUCAGCUCCAUAGCCGCCCCGCUCACCUCUCUUCUUAAGGGUGGACCUCAGAAGCUGGCCUGGAACCCUGAGGCUGACGCUGCCUUCAAGAGGCUGAAGGAGAGGUUCACCCCAGUGCCCAUCCUAAAACACCCAGAUCCAUCUCGUCCUUUCAUCCUGGAGGUGGACGCAUCGGAGGAGGGCGUGGGUGUGGUCCUCUCCCAGCGGCACGGUAAGCCAGAAAAAAUGUAUCCCUGUGCCUUUUUCUCUAAAAAGCUUAUCCCCGCAGAGAGGAACUAUGGAGUUGGAGACAGGGAGCUGUUGGUGGUGCUCCUUGCUCUGGAGGAAUGGAGACACUGGCUGGAGGGUGCAGUCCAUCCAUUCCGGAUUAUUACUGACCACCGGAAUUUGGAGCACAUACGGUCAGCGAAAUGAAUUAACUCUCGUCAAGCCAGGUGGGCCCAAUUUCUCACUCGCUUCCAAUUCAUUCUGUCUUACUGCCCAGGAUCCCAGAAUGUGAAGGCCGACGCACUCUCCAGGAUGCACCAUACCGGAGAAAGGAGGGAUCUGGGGGAUCCUAUCCUGCCCUCGUCUCUCAUCGUUGCACCUGUCGUUUGGGAUGUGGACGAAGACAUCUGCCUGGCGGCUCAGGAGGACCCAGCGCCUACCAACGCCCCUUCGGGGCGCGUGUAUACACCCACCAGUGUUCAUGACCGCCUGCUGAUCUGGGCGCAGACUAAUUGCAUUCCAAGGACUGGAGUUGCCCAUCUCUAUGAUAGAACGUAACCAUGAUCACCUGAAAAACAUAAAUAGUGUCACAAUUACUUUGUUUGCAAACUGUAGCAACACUGAAACUUUUUUAAAACCAAGCAAUGCUCUCAUAUCUAACCUACACGCUUGUGGUCGGCAAAGAAAGCAAACAGGUACACCUAAGAAACAUUCAUUGAAAUAUAGUCAAUGUGUUCACAAGUUGGUUAAUGUCUACAUAUGGUAGACCGGGAGAGGUGAGGUGGAGAAUGUGAUUAGUCUAGAUAGAACAGCAUUUCUUAAUCCUGGUCCUGGGGACCCAAAGGGGUGCACAUUUUAGUUUUUGCCCUAGCACUACACAGCUGAUUCAAAUGAACAACUUAUCAAGUGUUGAUGAUUUGAAUCAGGUGUGUAGUGCUAAUGCAAAAACAGCAUAUCCUCCUCCACCGUCCCGGUCCCACACUGGGCUCAAACCAGUGAUCCUCUGCUUGCAAACACACGUGACCGUCCUCCUUGACAACAUACUAACGGUUUGAGCCAACCAAAAGGUAUCAAUUGGAUGUCUCCGUCCGCAACAUUUCAAGGUAGCUAUGGAGUGAGCUUACGGCACGUUCUUAACUCUGUCACACGUUCGUAUGUGAUCAUGUAUUCGUGUAUGUCUGUGCUUCCUCUCGUGACCCCCCUGCCCUCAGCACUACUCAUUAAUGUCGCCCCUCUCUCUUAGACCAUGGUACUGGACUUGUACUCCUCAGUCUUGCCUUCAUCGUUCUUCAGUGAGAUGAGGUGGUGGUAUUGGGGGGUUACCCUCUGUCUCAUUCAUCCGAGGCAGGCCUCUCCAGAGGAACACUGAGGAGGAGAGAGGGAUAGAUGGGAUGGAGAGAAAAUUAUCAGUAAGGUAUACCAGUAGAAAUACAGGUAUUCUGUUUUGAAAUGGGGUGCUUGUCGAGGCAAAAAAUGCAUUACUAAACCAUUGAGACAUUGAGGAUCUGAGGGGAGGAUAAUCACGUGUACAUGGAGAGGAAGCCAUAGGUGGAGUUGACUCCGUACGUCUCCUAUUUGAACAUCUCACUGGCAUCCCAGCCAUUAGAUUAACAGAGAGAGAUACAAGGGAAUGGUGAUUAGUGUGUGUGUCACAGUGUGUGUCUCACUGUGUCUGUUACCAGAGUGGUUACAAAGCAAGCUAUAUCUACUCAGGCUUUUAUAAAGCUAGUCAGCUUCAGUUAGCUUCACAUUCCAGGUCAGGCUUCAUCUGUACUAUGACAGUGGAUAUUGCUCGCCGGCCCGCUUGCCACUAACUCUAGCUGGCUUGUAACUGCGCGUGCCUGUCGCACAUGGCUAGUCAAACACCAAACUCUUCAUUGAGGCAAUGCUGAAACAGCAAUCCAUGGGUGAGUCAGUGCCACAUUUUAAUUUGUGCCGAAAUUAAAAUGAAAGAAAAGUUAUCUUGUUAAUUCAGCAGGCUAUGGUGUGAAAUAGACUUUUAGAAACGCUGUUCUGGUGUGCUUAUCAAUGCACCUUUUCCCAACUCCUGUCGCUCCUUGUGGAACAGCGUAUUGCUUGUGGCCAUAGACAUAGGUUUUGGAACUUCUAACCCUGGCAAUUUGACUAUUAAACUCAUGGGUACACUAGCAGUGGCUGCCAGUCUUGACUUGAAUGGUAACUGCCAUCUAUGGAUAAUAUGUCUAUGGUUGGUUGCUGUUUUCAUUUUGCCUUUCGCAAAUUUCCAAAUACAAUCGUGUGAAAAACGUACAGUUUGGAAAGCAAAUGCUGUCCUUACUAAAUGUGUUAUGUGAUAGGUAUUUUAACGUGACCAUUAUUUUACACAAAAAAACAUUUGAUUAAUAAAAUAUUUGAUCAGUCGUCUUCCUCAAUUGAAGGGGAUGAUGACACAAUCUUUGCGAGAGGGAGGGUAUUUGAUUUCAUUACUUCUCAACUCGGGGUUCAGACAUUUCAUUCAGGAAAAAUGAAGUUAGAUCUGAGUAAGCCUGUCCCGGAGCAGGUUAGUUCUAAAGGAUUCGUUGCCAUAGAAACCUCGCUAAAAGAUUAGCCAUUUUCAUGGUACCGGUUAUCCCGAGUUUCAUGGUACCGGUUAUCCCAAAGUUACCUCUCUAACUCCUCAAAUCUGAUUCGUAGUAUAGGGCUCAGGACGAAGCCCUCUCAAUUGCUGUCUCCUCUGUCCCACCGCUACAGCACUGUGCUCCCUGUUCAGCCCAACAAGCUGAUCGCUGUGUCUGUGAAUGCAUCCAUCCACACACACAGAGACAGAGGAGACAUAACACUAGCACUAUCUACAAAAUGAAUAAAGCAAUCAGUAAUUAGGAAUUGUUUUCCUUUACUGUGUUGUGUGGCUGGUGUUACGAGACUAUAUCUUUUAAAUAUUCAAAUAAUAAAGCAUUUGAAAACUAUUUCUAAGAUGCAUAACCUUACUUUCAGUUUUUCCGAACUAAUUUCACUCGCACAUAAGCAUUACGGCCGGGACGAUACCAAUAUCGCGAUACUCGCUAGUGUCUUGACAAAGAAACAAAACACGGAGCGCAUUUAACUUCUUUAAGAAAACAGCCUUAAUGUUGGAAGCAAACAUCAUGUCAUCCAGAGUCACAUGUAUUUAUUUACCAAGCUAAAAUAUUGCGAUACUGGUAUCGUCCCGGCCCUAAUAAGCAUAGAGAGAGGCUUGCGCUGCUUGUGCUGGCACAAGAUCAGAUCAAAUAAACCGCUGCAGUUGUUGCCCACUCCUAAAAGAGAGGUUUCAUUAGACUCUAUUGAACAACAAAGCAAACUAGUCCAGUAUAUUACCCUCUAGCAGUCUCUAAUAAUGGUCACAUUGUUGGACCAUACACUACUGUUAUACAGUCUGCUACAUUAGCUUGUAACACUGUUCAAAUUAAACACACUGACAAUAACAAAGAGGCUGAAGUCUACAUCAUCCCAUACACUCCAUUAGGCCCCAUUAACUUCCAUUAGCCUGCUUCUGUGUGUCAGGGCGACGUGUAUGCGGUGAGCGAAGUCAAGCGCAGGACACCGAGCUACUGGCAGACAAACUUUACUAGCACAGUAAUCAAAAUACAAACAAAACCUCCAAACAGGGAGGAAACAAAAUACGCAUACACCCAAACACUGCCGACCUCACGGAAAACAAUCACACACAAUAACCAAUGAGAGACAGGGGGUUAUAAAGGGAAUACAAUAUAACAUAAUGGGAAACAGGUGAAAACAAUCAGGACAAACUAGACAAACACCGAACCAGAGAUCGGUGGCAGCUAGUACUCCGGGGACGACGAACGCCGAAGCCUUCCCGAGCAAGGAGGAGGGGCAGCCUCGGCUGAUUCCGUGACACUGUGUGUAUUUGUGUGUGUGUGUGUGUGUGUGUUGCACCUGGAACUGAGGCCAGUCAGUGGGCAUGCCUGGUCUGUGGAUAUUCUUCCACAUUUUGUCCUGCUCAGUAACUACAUUUCCAUCCACAGUUUUUAUGCGGGUAAAGUAUUUGUAUUUAUUAGGGAUCCCCAUUAGCUGCUUCCUGGGGUACAAACACAUUAAGGCACUUACAUUACACAUAAAACAAAAUAUAAAACAGUACAUCAUAUAUCAUUACUACACCACUACAUAUCUACAAUACAAAAUGUAUAAUACCAACACACAACAAUAUUACAAUGUACGCGUGUGUAAAGUGGAUGUGCUAGCUUUUGUGUGUGUCUCUUCACAGUCCAUAAGGUGUGUUUUUAUCAGUUUUAAAUCUGAUUAUACUGCUUGCAUCAGUUACCUGAUGUAGAAUACAGUUCCAUGUAGUCAUGGCUCUAUGUAGUACUGUGCGCCUCCCAUAGUCUGUUCUGACUUGGGGAUUGUGAAGAGACCUCUGGCACCAUGUCUUGUGGGGUAUGCAUGGGUGUCCGAGCUGUGUGCUAGUAGUUUAAACAGACAGCUCGGUGCAUUCAGCUUGUCAACACUUCUUACAAAAACAAGUAUUGAUGAAGUCAAUCUCUCCACUUUGAGCCAGGAGAGAUUGACAUGCAUAUCAUUCAUGUUAGCUCUCUGUGUAACCUCCCGAGUGUAACCUCCCGAGUGGCGCAGUGGUCUAAGGCACUGCAUCGCAGUGCUAGCUGUGCCACUAGAGAUCCUGGUUCGUAUCCAGGCUCUGUCGUAGCCGGCCGCGACCGGGAGACCCAUGGGGCGGCGCACAAUUGGCCCAGCGUCGUCCAGGGUAGGGGAGGGAAUGGCUGGCAGGGAUGUAGCUCAGUUGGUAGAGCAUGGCGUUUGCAACGCCAGGGUUGUGGGUUCGAUUCCCACGGGGGGCCAGUAUGAAAAAUAAUAAUAAUAAUGUAUGCACUAACUGUAAGUCGCUCUGGAUAAGAGCGUCUGCUAAAUGACUAAAAUGUAAAUGUAAAAAUGUGUACAUUUAAGGGCCAGGCGUGCUUCCCUGUUCUGAGCCAAUUGUAACUUUCCUAAGUCCCUCUUUGUGGCACCUGAACAAACGACGGAACAGUUGUCCAGGUGCGACAAAAGGGCCUGUAGAACCUGCCUUUUUUUAUCGUUUUGUUAAAAAGGCAGAGCAACGCUUUAUUAUGGACAGACUUCUCCCCAUCUUAGCUACAGUUGUAUCAACAUGUUUUGACCAUGACAGUUUACAAUACAGGGUUACUCCAAGCAAUUUAGUCACAUCAACUUGCUCAAUUUCCACAUUAUAUAUUUCAAUAUUUAGUUGAGAUUUAGGGUUUAGUGCAUGAUUUGUCCCAAAUACAAUGCUUUUAGUUUUUGAAAUAUUUAGGACUAACUUAUUCCUUGCCACCCAUUCUGAAACUAACUGCAGCUCUUUGUUAAGUGUUGCAGUCAUUUCAGUCGUUGUAGUAGCUGACGUGUAUAGUGUUGAGUCAUCUGCAUACAUAGACACACUGGCUUUACUUUAAGCCAGAGGCAUGUCGUUAGUAAAGAUUGAAACAGCUGCCCUGGGGAAUUCCUUAUGUUGGAGAGGCUUCCAUUAAAGAACUCCCUCUGUGUUCUGUUAGACAGGUAACUCGUUCUCCACAAUAAAGCCAUAACACAUGCGUUUUUCCAGCAGCAGACUAUGAUCAAUAAUGUCAAAAGCCGCACUGAAGUCUAACAAAACAGCCCCCGCAAUAUUUUUAUCAUCAAUUUUUCUCAGCCAAUCAUCAGUCAUUUGUGUAAGUGCUGUGCUUGUUGAAUGUCCUUCCCUAUAAGCAUGCUGAAAGUCUGUUGUCAAUUUCUUUACUGUAAAAUAGCAUUGUAUCUGGUCAAACACCCUUUUUUCCAAACGUUUACUAACGAUUGAUAACAGGCUGAUUGGUUGGCUAUUUGAGCCAGUAAAGGGGGCUUUAUUAUUCUUAGGUAGCGGAAUGAGUUUUGCUUCCCUCCAGGCCUGGGGGCACACACUUUCUAGUAGGCUUAAAUUUAAGAUAUGGCAAAUAGGAGUGGCAAUAUCGUCUGCUAUUUUCCAUCCAAGUUGUCAGACCCUGGUGGCUUGUCAUUGUUGAAAGACAACAAUAAUUUUUUCACCUCUUCCACACUCACUUUGCGGAAAUCAAAAUUACAAUGCUUGUCUUUCAUAAUUUGGUCAGUCAUACUUGGAUGUGUAGUGUCAGCGUUUGUUGCUGGCAUGUCAUGCCUAAGUUUGCUAAUAUAUCAAUGGAUUUUGUGAUGAAUGAGCAUUCUAAUUCAAUUAAUGAUGGAGCUGAGUUUGCCUUUUUGCCCAAAAUGUCAUUUAAGGUGCUCCAAAGCUUUUUACUGUCAUUCUAUAUAUCAUUUAUCUUUGUUUCAUAGUAUAAUUUAUUCUUCUUUUUAUUCAGUUUAGUCACAUGAUUUCUCAAUUUGCAGCACAUUUGCCAGUUGGUUGUGCAGCCAGACUUAUUUGCCAUUCCUUUUGCCUCAUCCCUCUCAACCAUACAACUAGUCAAUUCCUCAUUAAUCCAAGGGGAUUUAAAUGUUUUUACAGCCAUUUUCUUAAUGGGUGCAUGCUUAUUAGUAACUGGAAUAACAAUUUCAUCUUCAACAUAAGAAUCACUACGAAACGUAUUGUAUGACCUCUUAUACCAUAUAUUAUGCCCAGCCUUUGGAACUUUGGUUUUCCUAGAUAUGGCUACUAUAUUGUGAUCACUACAUCCGAUGGAUUUGGAUACUGCUUUAAAGCAAAUUUCUGCAGCAUUAGUAAAGAUGUGAUCAAUACAUGUUGAUGAUUGCAUUCAUGUGCUGUUUGUAGCUACCCUGGUAGGUUGACUGAUAACCUGAACCAGGUUGCAGGCACUGGUCAUAACGUAUAAAAAUAAAUCACGACAGCUGUGAUGGAAACAGGAAGUUUCAGUACAAUUGUAUAAAUGCUGACAGAUAAUUUGUUAGUUCGACUGUAAGGGUUGGUGUGAGGUGUGACCCAGGUGCGGUGCAUGAUAGGCAGUAGGCAGAGAUGGUGAAACAAGGAUCUUUACUGGUGGUCCCAAAACCAGGAUACAAAAUAACGGACUUGGUUAAAUUGGUCUCCAAAAACAGGCUGACAGCAAACAUACGAAAUACUAACUACGACUGAAAACAACAAUGAAACAGGGAGAACACUUCUCAAGUACCUGUACAUAAGUCUCGCGAUCAGACACUGAGUAGUACCUUUUGGCAUCAAGAAACUAGCAGAGAAAACAGAGCAAGGGAACACAGGGAAGUGAGGGCAUAAAUACACAGGUGAACAGGUAGACACAGGUGACACCAAUAGGAUAAUGAUUAGUCCAGACUGUGAGUAAGGAGGUGGUUGGAGGAUGACACCUAGCGGGUCGCCCCGGAACUGCGACCCCCUCCUGUAACAUUCGACAUAGUGGGAUCUUUUUGUGUCAGUAAAAUUAACUAUGCGAGAAAUGGCGGUGGAAACGCCUUUAUGCACAAAUAUUUAUAUAAUAACCAUCAUAUCGAAGUAAACUUGGAGUCACGCGAUGAUAUGGGAAACCAUGCAGUUUAUUAGGCUACAGAUGAAAUAACAUGAUGAACUUCACAGGGUGAUGAAAAUGUACUGUGAUCUUGAUGCUCAUUUCCAAUAAAUAUUGAGGGUUUGAUUCUGGUGACAUAAUGAUCAAUGUUUGAAUGCCAUUUCACAAAUAAAAAUAUCCAUAAUAAUCUCAUAAUCUAGACUAGCCUAUCCGCACUGUAUCUGCGAGCUGUUGGCUAGAGCGCACGUGCCAAGACCUGAGUAGGCACAUUUGCUAUUUUUGUGACAAAACUAUUGGUAGAUUAAAUGACUAAAAUGUAAAAUGUAAAUGUAGAGUUCAAAAUGCGAUAGAAACACAUUGAACUUUAGAUUUUUAUUCAGUACAUGAAAACUUAAGCAAAAAAGUACAUUUUUUGUGCACUAUGCCAUCACGCACUGAUUUUUAUCUGCAACAAGUCCAUUUGGUGGAAGCACACCACUGGUGGGAAAAUUAGCAUAUUUUCUUUAUGCAGAUAUGUGAAUAUUUGAGUGAAAAUCUGUCGCCAAUUGGAUGGAAACCUGGCUAUUGAUGGCUAUGAUAGUGUUGUAGAGCUCAUUAUACAGAGCCUUCACACUUUUAGAGAGAAAGAAAGAUGGAAAAUAUGGGGAGAGAGAACGAUAGAAAGGGGAGAGAGAGGGGAAAUGAGAGAUCAAGGUAUGACAGAAAUGAUCAGUGAGAGUUGAGAUAAAGAAAGACCACCCACAUCCACACACACCCUCCUAGUAACAGUCUGACUUCAGGUGUAGCCUACCUCUCCCCUGGACUUCCUGGCGGGUCGCCCCCAGGUGGUGAGGGUAGGCAAAAACACAUCCACCAGGGGUGCGUGCUUAGUCCCCUCCUGUAUUUGUAUUCAUUAUGAAUCUGCAUUAGCUGCUGCCAAGGUAGCAACUACUCUUCCUGGGGCCAGCAAAAUUAAGCCAGUUAUAUACAAUUUUAAAAGCAUGACAAUACAUUUCACUACAUAUUUCACAGCACAUUAAGUGUGUGCCCUCAGGCCACUACUCUACUACAACAUAUCUACAACACAAAAUCCAUGUGUACGUGUGUAUAGUGCGUAUGUUAUCAUGUGUGUGAGAAUGCGUGUGUCUGUGUCAGUGUGUGUGUCUCUUCACAGUCCCCACUCUUCCAUAAGGUGUAAUUAUUGAUCCACAAUAUAGCAGGGGAUGUGAAGCCAUAACACAGAUUUUUCCAGCAGCAGAUUAUGAUCGAUAAUGUCAAAAGCUGCACUGAAGUCUAACAAAACAGCUCCCACAAUAUUUUUAUCAAUUUCUCUCAGCCGAUCAUCAGUCAUUUGUGUAAGUACAUAGCCAUUUGUGUAAGCACAUAGAUAAAGACAGGUUUCCAGUAGAACAUCAUGUUAUUACAAUAAUGAGAAAAGGGUAAAUGUACAACAACAAAAUAUUCUGUACUUACUUUGAUUGGGGUUGUACUGUGUUGGCGGAUUUCAAGUGGAUAUCCUUGAUCUAUAUAUAUAUAUAUAUUUUUAACGUAAUAUCAGGUAUGGUAUGACUGCCAGAAACAAUUAACGCUUUGUAAAUGAUAGAUGUUUAAUCAUAGGACUCAGAUGGUUUCAAAUACUAACGUUAAUUAGCUAGCUAGCUAGUUAUUCUACUCAUUAAAGCCUAUUGAAAUAGUAAGUCAACUCGGCUGUUUACAGCUAGCGUUAGACAACUAGCUAGGAAUCGUAGCUAGGUAAGACCUGAAUGUCUCUCUAAUUGAUAACGUUAACUAGCUAGCUAAGUUAAAGCAAUGCAUAGCAAGAUUUAGUAUUUCUGGCAUAGGCAUAAAUAACUAGCUAAAUAACUAGCUAGGACCUAAACAUGUUCGCUGACAGGAUAAACUAUUAACGUUAUUAGAUCAACUAUUAACGUUAUCUAACAGGAUAGCUUCUUCGCUCCAGGAGCUAGCUAACUAUCAAUGUUCAAACAUUACUUAACCUAGCUAGCUUUCGAGCUAAUUUAGCUAGCUUUCGUUAGCUAGCUAGGUGGCUAGCUAGUACCUAUGUUCAACGUCUAAUGUUGUCAGACACAAACAGAACGAUGCAUAGAAUGAUCUGCAGAAAAAGGCACACAAGGAAACUUUUAACCAAGGUCAAGUUAGCUAGCUAACGUUAACAAAGUCAUUGCCCAGCGACAGUGUCAUGGUCAAAACAUGUUGAUACAACUGUAGCUAAGAUGGGGAGAAGUCUGUCCAUAAUAAAGUGUUGCUCUGCCUUUUUAACAAACUUUUACCUCAACUAAUUCUUGCCUUAGCAUAAUAGCUAGUUAGCUAUUUCUGUAUUGACAUUCAACAUUGGUACAAUAAUCUUAUCUCUUAUGACAAUGUCUUUAUGCAAAAGUUAUCCUUUUCAUCUUCUUCUAUGGUAUUAUGGCGGUCCGCAAUUAAACGUUAGAGGUGCAUGCUAGCAGUGCGCCUUCAUAAGAAUAUCAUCAUUUUUAUGUUCAUGUUGCUGUCCAAAUCAUCUCUUGUAUUUUAACAACAAGCACAUUAUUUCCCCUUGCUUCCAGCCUAGCAAUUUGGUUUGAUACAGUGGGGGUUGUACAGUGGGGUUAAUAUACGCCUAGCUGUCUGAAUGUCCGACCUCAGAAACAAUGUUUGACUUUUGAAUUUUGAACGGUGCUCAGACGAAAAGAGGCAACUUUUUCUGAGCCAGGGAAAUCACGCAUUGACGUCAUUAUCAUUCGGAAAGUAUUCAGACCCCUUGACUUUUUCCACAUUUUGUUACGUUACAGCCUUAUUCUAAAAUAGAUUAAAUAAAUAAAAAUCCUCAUCAAUCUACACACCAAACCCCAUAAUGACAAAGCAAAAACAGGUUUUUCAAUAUUUUUGAACAUUUAGUAUAAAAAAAACAGAAAUGCCUUAUUUACAGUGCCUUGCAAAAGUAUUCAUCCCCCUUGGCGUUUUUCCUAUUUUGUUGCAUUUCAACCUGUAAUUUAAAUUGAUUUUUAUUUGGAUUUCAUGUAAUGGACAUACACAAAAUAGUCCAAAUUGGUGAAGUGAAAUGAAAAAAAAUACCUUGUCUCAAAAAUUCAAAAAAAUAAAUAACGGAAAAGUGGUGCGUGCAUAUGUAUUCACCCCCAUUAUUAUGAAGCCCCUAACUAAGAUCUUGUGCAACCAAUUACCUUUAGAAGUCACAUAAUUAGUUAAAUAAAGUCCACCUGUGUGCAAUCUAAGUGUCACAUGAUCUGUCACAUGAUCUCAGUAUAUAUACACCUGUUCUGAAAGGCCCCAGAGUCUGCAGUACCACUAAGCAAGGGGCACCACCAAGCAAGCGGCACCAUGAAGACCAAGGAGCUCUCCAAAUAGGUCAGGGACAAAGUUGUGGAGAAGUACAGAUCAGGUUUGGGUUAUAAAAAAUAUAUGAAACUUUGAACAUCCCACAGAGCACCAUUAAAUCCAUUACUAAACAAUUGAAAGAAUAUGGCACUACAUCAAACCUGCCAAGAGAGGGCCGCCAACCAAAACUCACGGACCGGGAAAGGAGGACAUUAAUCAGAGAGGCAACAAAGAGACCAAAGAUAACCCUGAAGGAGCUUUACGGAAGAGUGGCCAUUGCUUAAAUAAAAAAGUAAGCAAACACGUUUGGUGUUCGCCAAAAGGCAUGUGGGAGACUCCCCAAACAUAUGGAAGAAGGUACUCUGGUCAGAUGAGACUCAAAUUGAGCUUUUUGGCCAUCAAGGAAAAUGCUAUAUCUGGUGCAAACCCAACACCUCUCAUCACCCCGAGAACACCAUCAUGCUGCGGGGAUGUUUUUCAUUGGCAGGGACUGGGAAACUGGUCAGAAUUGAAGGAAUGAUGGAUGGUGCUAAAUACAGGGAAAUUCUUGAGGGAAACCUGUUUCAUUCUUCCAGAGAUUUGAGACUGGAACGGAGGUUCACCUUCCAGCAGGACAAUGACCCUAAGCAUACUGCUAAAGCAACACUCGAGUGGUUUAAGGGGAAACAUUUAAAUGUCUUGGAAUGGCCUUGUCAAAGCCCAGACCUCAAUCCAAUUGAGAAUCUGUGGUAUGACUUAAAGAUUGCUGUACACCCAUCCAACUUGAAGGAGCUGGAUCAGUUUUGCCUUGAAUAAUGGGCAAAAAUCCCAGUGGCUAGAUAUGCCAAGCUUAUAGAGACAUACCCCAGGAGACUUGCAGCUGUAAUUGCUGCAAAAGGUGGCUCUACAAAGUAUUGACUUUGGGGAGGGUGAAUAGUUAUGCACGCUCAAGUUUUCUGUUUCUUUGUCAUAUUUCUUGUUUGUUUCACAAUAAAAAAUAUUUAGCAUCUUCAAAGUGGUAGGCAUGUUUUGUAAAUCAAAUGAUACAAACCCCCCAAAAAUCCAUUUUAAUUCCAGGUUGUAAGGCAACAAAAUAGGAAAAAUGCCAAGGGGAGUGAGUACUUUCGUAAGACACUUUGCUAUGAGACUCGAAAUUGAGCUCAGGUGCAUCCUGUUUCCAUUGAUCAUUCUUGAGAUGUUUCUACAGCUUGAUGGAGUCCACCUGUGGUAAAUUCAACUGAUUGGACAUGAUUUGAAAAGGCACACCCCUGUCUAUAUAAGGUCCCACAGUUGACAGUGCAUUUCAGAGCAAAAACCAAGCCAUGAGGUCGAAGGAAUUGUCUGUAGAGAUCAGAGACAGGAUUGUGUCGAGGCACAGAUCUGGGGAAGGGUACCAAAAAAUGUAUGCAGCAUUGAAGGUCCCCAAGAACACAGUGGCCUCCAUCACACUUGGUUUAAUCAGACCAGAGAAUCUUGUUUCUCAUGGUCUGAGAGUCCUUUAGGUACCUUUUGGCAAACUCCAAGCGGGCUGUCAUGUGCCUUUUACUGAGGAGAGGCUUCCGUCUGGCCACUCUACCAUAAAGACCUGCAGAGAUGGUUGUCCUUCUGGAAGGUUCUCCCAUCUCCACAGAGGAGCUCUGUCAGAAUGACCAUCAGGUUCUUGGUCACCUCCCUGACCAAGGCCAUUCUACCCCGAUUGCUCAGUAUGGCCGGGCGGCCAGCUUUAGGAAGAGUCUGGGUGAUUCCAAACUUCUUCCAUUUAAGAAUGAUGGAGGCCACUGUGUUCUUGGGGACCUUCAAUGCUGCAGACAUUUUUUGGUACCCUUCCCCAGAUCUGUUCCUCAACAUCCUGUCUCGGAGCUCUACGGACAAUUCCUUCGACCUCAUGGCUUGGUUUUUGCUCUGCCAUGCACUGUCAACUGUGGGACCUUAUAUAGAGAGGUGUGUGCCUAUACACAUCAUGUCCAAUCAAUUGAAAAUACCACAGGUGGACUCCAAUCAAGUUGUAGAAACAGCUUAAGGAUGAUCAAUGGGAACAUAAUGCACCUGAGCUCAAUUUCGAGUCUGAUUACUUAAGGUUUUCUGUUUUUGAUUUUUAAUGAAUUUGCAAAAAUGUACAAAAACCUGUUUUCGCUUUGUCAUUAUGGGGUAUUGUGUGUAGAUUGAUGAGGAAAAACAUUUAUUUAAACAAUUUAGAAUAAGGCUGUAACGUAACAAAAUGUGGAAAAAGGGAAGGGGUCUGAAUACUUUUCGAGUGCACUGUAGUACGUUCUAUGGAUGGUCUUAAACUGCAGUAAUUUAUCUCUGAGAUUAUAUGAACAUGACUGGGCAUUCUACCAUAUCUGUAUCCAUUCAUCAUCAUCAAUUGUGUCUCCCAGGUCUUCCUCACAUUUUUUGUAUCAUCUGUAAAAGCCUCUAUCAACCCUUGAUACAGUUUGGAAAUCAACUUUAGAGGUUUGUCAGACUGCCUUAAAAUAGUUUCAAUCUGUGAAGGUUAUUGCUUGUCCAAUGUUUGCAGCACAGAGAGGAUAAAGUGUUGUAUCAGGAAAAGUUCACAUCUGCGCUGUCACAGACUGGCUGUCUGACCCUGAUGAGACCCCUGUCACCAUCUGAUCCUGCUCACAUCAUUUUAUAUUUUAGUCAUUUAGCAGACGCUCUUAUCCAGAGCGACUUACAGUUAGUGAGUGCAUACAUUUUUUCAUACUGGCCCCCCAUGGGAAACGAACCCACAACCCUGGCGUUGCAAGCGCCAUGCUCUACCAACUGAGCUACAUGGGGCCUGUUCUUCAUGACAACGAAUUGCCUUGGUGUACAUUUAUACAUUAUAUUAUCCAUGGAUAGAAUCAAUGGUUCAAUCCUUGAAAUGACCAUUAUUCCCAGAUCCCAGACUGUAGCCUACCCAUCAACUCAAGAUAGAACUUUGUAUCGAGUUACUGAUUGUUAUAAUAUACAGCAAAAUUCACCUGAGCACCGUAGACUGGUCUUCCCUGGCUGUCUGACCCUGCAGGGACACCUGUCACCAUCUGAUCCUGCUAAGACAUGAUGAGCAUAGCGUUGUGUACUGACUCUGCACCAUGACAGUGAAUCCUGUAGAGCUGUUUAUACCGUGUCAGUGUGAAAAGUAUGGAAUUAGCUAGGGAAACUGACAGAUCAAUAACGUUACAUUGCAAUACUGACUAAUAAAAACUCACACUGCGCUGAAAAAAUGUCAAUCGUUUAGCAGCUGGUUUCAUCGUUUGAUUCAGGUCUAGUGUGGUUGAGGCAAAAAAUAAUAGCUGAAGUUAGUGAUCAAGCUAGCUAGCUAACGCUAGCCAACUUUUGGCUAGCUCUAGCUAAUGGUACAAUGGUACAUCAUCAUCAUAGCAAAGGGUCUGAAUACUUAUGUAAAUAAGGUAUUUCUGUUUUUUUAUUUUUAAUACAUUUGCAAAGAAAUCUGAACCUGUUUUCGCUUUGUCAUUGUGGGGUAUUGGGUGUAGAUUGAUGAGGUAAAAACAUUAUUUAAUCAAUUUUAGAAUAAGGCUGUAACGUAACAAAAUGUAGAAAAAGUCAAGGGGUCUGAAUACUUUCCAAAUGCACUGUAUGAUAAACAGAGUAGCAGCAGCGUAUAUGAUGAUCGUAUGCGAGUGUGUGUUUGUGUGUGUAGAGUCAGUAUAAAUGUGUGUGCGUGUUAUGUGUGUGUGAGCAAAUUAAGUGUGUGUGUGUGUGUGUGUGUGUGUGUGUUUUGGAGUGUAAGUGUGAGUGUGUGUGAGUGAGUGUGUAGAAUGUGCAUAGAAUGUGCAAAAAAUAGAAGGGUCAAUGCAGAUAGUCCAUGUAGCCAUUUUGUUAGCUAUUUAGCAGUCUUAUGACUUGUGGGUAGAAGCUGUUCAGGAGCCUGCUAGUGUCAGACUUGAUGCUCCGGUACCGCUUGUCGUGCAGAAGCAGAGAGAACAGUCUAUGGCUUGGGUGGCUGGAGUCUUUAACAAUUUUCCGGGCCUUCUUUUCACACCACCUGAGCUCUGCCCAAGUGAUGCACUGGGUUGUCCGCACCACCCUCUGUAGCACCACGCGAUCGAGGGCGGUCCAGUUGCCAUACCAAGCAGUGAUGCAGCCAGUAAAGAUGCUCUCAAUGAUGCAGCUGUAGAACUGUUUUGAGGAUUUGAGGGCCCCAUGGCAAAUCUUUUAAAAGCUUGAUGUAGUCAUUGCGUGCUAGGAAUAUUGGACCAAAUACUACACUUUUUACUAAAUGUAAUACACUAUAAGUGAAUUUGUCCAAAUACUUAUGACACCUUCAAAUUGGGAGAUAAAUAAAGUGCAUUUAUUUCUAACUGGUAAAACAGAUAUGUAUGAAAAUGUGAAAAAAAGGGUGAGAUUGUCUACUGUCGCCUCACAAAACAUUUGAUUUCAAAUCCAAAAUGCUGGAGUAUAGCGCCAAAUUAAAUGUUUUAUCUUCACUGUUCAAAUAAAUACUGUUUGUAGGGGAGAGUAUAUAGUUGAUCACAUACAGCAUCUAAUUUCCUUUUUUUGUGUUUUCCUUACAAGCCGGAGUUGACACUAGAAUUUGGGCGGAUCGUGAUCUACACCACCAGCUUUCGAGUAGUAAGGACCACGUUUGAACGGUGUGAGUUGGUCCGGAAGAUCUUUUCGAACCACAGGGUCAAGUUCCUGGAAAAGAACAUAGCCCUGGACUGUGAGUAUGGGAAGGACCUGGAAGAACGAUGCAAGCGUGUGGGCGAACCUCUCUCUCUACCAGUCGUGUUCAUCGAUGGACACUAUCUCGGGGUCAGUGCUUUCACUUGGUCAUACAAGUAAUUUUACAAUUCCUGGGCCUAAACCAUCUCAGACUAGGAGUGCUGAUUUAGAAUCAGUAUGGCCUUUUAUAUCAUAAUGAAUAAGAUUAAAUGUACAGAGGGACCAGGGGGUAUGAAAAAAAAAAAAAUGUUUGCACUAACUGUAAGUCGCUCUGGAUAAGAGCGUCUGCUAAAUGACUAAAAUGUAAAUGUAAAAAUCACUCCUACACUUCGACGCUUUAUGAAUACUGUUGACAUUUGAAAUGACUAACAUCCUAUUGUGUAACAUUAUAUAUAGCAUGUAUUACCAUCAAACAAAAUAUAUAAUCCAUCUCAGUGCUUGACUUGGGCAGGAGGUCACUGCAGCUGAGGAAAGGCAUGUCAAAUGUUCAACUGAUUGAGUUCCUGCAUCUCUUAUAACGUGUGUAGCCUCCUGUAGGUCAGUUGGUAGAGCAUGGCGUUUGCAACGCCAGGGUUGUGGGUUCGAUUCCCAAGGGGGGCCAGUAUGAAAAAAGUAUGAAAAAUGUAUGCACUCACUAACUGUAUGUGGCUCUGGAUAAGAGCGUCUGCUAAAUGACUCAAAUAUAAAAUGGAAGGAGAGAGAGCAACCUGUUAUGUGGUCCUCUGUAGCUCAAUUGGUAGAGCAUGGCGCUUGUAACGCCAGGGUAGUGGGUUCGAUCCCUGGGACCACCCAUACGUAAAAAUGUAUGCACACAUGACUGUAAGUUGCUUUGGAUAAAAGCAUCUGUUAAAUGGCUUAUUAUUUUAUAGAAUUAUUAGCUCAAAAGUAUUGUGGAGCUCCUGCACCGAAAUAUAAACAGUACCGGCACCCAAACUUUGUACCGGCCCAAGUCAAACACUGAUCCAUCUUGAUCUUAUCGAAGUGUUAUGAAUGUAUUAGCUAUGAAAUUAUCAAAGGUCUAGUAAUUAUAUAAUGAAUCUUACACUAUGAUAAUAACUUUGCAGGGUGCUGAGAAAAUAUUGGACAUGAAUGAAUCAGGAGAACUUCAGGAUCUUCUGGCCAGAAUUGAGGUAAUUUUUCAUCAAGUACCACCAAACGACAGAUACAAUACAUUCAGUAAUAACACUUUUAACUGCACAGUUAUUAACAAAUUCAAUGUAAUGUUUCAGCUGAUGCCUCUGACUCCUCAAAUUACAAAAAACUCCAAUAUAUUUGCAAUUUAAUAUGAUUAAAAUAAACAUAAGUGAAACACAGGAUAUAAACAUUUUAUUGAUCAUUCUGAUAUAUCAUAUUGGCCUACUCAUCGAUAGUGAUAUGGCAUCAAUAAUACAUCAGUGAACUGACAUAAAUGAUGAACGGGCAUCAAUAAAUGGCCAUCAAUAAUGGAAGGCUUGUUAUUGAUUCUGCAUCCAACAAAUAUGUUCACACACAGGUGAGGGUCAUAUAAAAAAUGUAGGUUGUGUGAACUGAAGUGUUUCAAACAGAGCCAAGAUACUGACAGACAUACUACUGUGAAAAGGGCUCUGUAUUUAACGUUUUUGAAAGAGAGCGACUCGUUUGUGACUCAUUGACACCGCCCCCGGUUAGAGGGGAAUAAAGCAGACCAAGAGUUACCCCCACAGGAACGUUAUUUAAACACACUGAGGAAGAUGAACAUGGGGAUGCACAUGGGAAUGAAACGUGGGAAAGGUAGUGGAAUGGUAGUGGUUCUGUAGAAGGAAAUGAAAGGCAAUGAAUAUACUGUACAUACGAUAUCACAAGAGCAGUAAUAACAGUAAUAAAGGACUAUAUAAAUGACAUUAUCCCUGAACAUGUUUACAGGUUACAAGCUAUACAGAGGCAGCAUACAUAAUGCAACAACAACAACAACUAACUAUUAAGAACAAUAUAUACAUGUCACACCAUCCCACAAGUCCAGAGAUAUGAGUGAGUUGUUGAUGGGCAGAGACAGAGAUGUAGCUCUCUGCCACUGCUUGAGGGAGACUGCAAGUAUUGUGUGACCUGUAUAGUCAAGAGGCUGGGCAGAUGUCCGCCCCCCUAGUAACAUCCCUAGCAACCUAUCAUGGCACAGGUCACACAGGUCAGGGAGAGUUUGAGAGGCAGGUUUAUGGUACCCCCUAGACUCUCAGGCUCCAGGUGUGGGGGAUGGGGAGUGGAGUGUGCAGCUCAGGGUUGUGAGGUGCUGAUAACAGUCACCGGCAGGGAAUUCGUAACACCUUUCCUCUCAGGGAAAAUAACAUGUUGUCAACCUUUCAAAGUAAAGAGCCCAAUUAGGCAUACAACGAUGCACGUAAACCCUUAAAGGUCUUGCAUACACUACAGGACUAUGCUAAUUAGCUUUAAAUUCAGCCAGUGGCAUGACUGGUUGUUUGUGUGUGUGUGUGUGUGUGUGUGUGUCUGCUUUCCCCCAGAGGGUACAGCACCCCCACAUGUGCCAGACCUGUGGGGGCUUUGCCUUCGUCCCGUGCCCCAUGUGCCAUGGUAGCAAGUUGUCCGUUUUCCGCAACUGCUUCACGGACUCGUUCAAAGCCCUGAAGUGCACCUGGUGCAACGAGAAUGGCCUAAAGCCCUGUUCCAGCUGCAGCCAAUGACGACUCCAAGUGCCUGAUGGAAAUAUCCCCCUUCACCAGGGCCACACGAUGUAUGGUGUCCAUAUUAGGACAGCCAGAUAUACAAACAAGUCCUGCUGAGACUGAGGCUGUCCUAAUAUG